UGGACGCUCGGAUGUUCCCCUCUCGUCUCAGCGCUUGUCUUCGUGUUUGGACGUGACCAUGAGUGAGUCUCACCUCAGCAGCCCCAGCGUGGAGCUGAAGAGUCUGCAGCUGUGUGACAGAGAAGGAACAGAGUCUUCAGACAGCGGCAUCGGCGACGUGGACGACCUGCCUGUUCCUCAGCAGAUCCACAUCAGCAACAUCACCUGUGAUUCGUUCAAGAUCAGCUGGGAGAUGGAGAGCAGAGGCAGAGAGAAGAUCACGCACUACUUCAUCGACCUCAACAAGAAGGAGAACAAGAAGGAGAACCAGUUCAAACACAAGGACGUCCCCACAAAGCUGGUGGCAAAGGCGGUCCCCCUCCCCAUGACCGUGAGAGGUCAUUGGUUCUUGAGUCCUCGUACAGAGUACAGCAUCGCCGUCCAGACCGCCACCAAACAGCCGGAUGGAGAGUACGCCGUCUCUCAGUGGAGUGAGAUCAUCGAGUUCUGCACAGCAGAUUACUCCACCGUCCAUCUCAUGCAGCUGCUGCAGAAAGCCGAGGCCAUUGCCGGCAGGAUGCUGCCGUUCACCAUCUUCUACAGAAACCAAGAGCAGGAGUACUUCCAGCAGCCUGGCUCCUCCUAUCGCUCCAGAGACGCCCAGUGCACACGGAUGUUACCGGCGGUCAAAGACGACAGCGGCAGCCACGGCUCGCCCAUCAGCAGUAAACUGGAGGGACUGUUCUUCAGUUGUAACACAGAGUUCAACACGGGGAAGCCACCCCAGGACUCCCCAUACGGACCUUACCGCUUCCAGAUCCGAGCAGACGUCCUCUUCAGCCGGACCACCAACAUCUACUUCGGGGAUUUUUACUGCAUGUACACGUCGUACCACUACGUCAUCCUGGUCCUGGCUCCUGACGGCUCCAAAGGAGACGUCUUCUGUAAGGAGAUCCUGCCGGCCCUGGACCGGGCCAACAACCGCUUCCUGACCUGCACGGAAGAGGAGGACGGUUCGCUGACUUUCCGCCACGCGCAGGACGUCAUCCUGGAGGUGAUCUACACAGAGCCCGUGGAUCUGGAUUCAGGGACGGUGACGAGGAUCAGCGGACAUCAGCUGAUGAGCCAGUCCACCCUCGACGCCAAGAAGGACCCGAGCUGCAAGAUCUGCAACAUCAGCGCGGGACGUUAGCUGGACUGUGAUUGGACGACCCGCUAAUGAGCAACGAGGGUGGCAGACGAGCUGCUAAAUAAAUUCACGACCAGCUUCCUGUUGAGCUGCUAGCUAGCUGAGAGUUAGCGAUACCUGGUUAGCUAGCAGGAACCCCAAUAGGCUUAACAGAGUAAAGUACCCUCCAGGGAAUUUGGUACUUUUGGUACUUUUCCUGAUUUAAAGAAUUAAAGUUAUCAGAGAGUGGGCCAAAGAAGGCUGAACUAAACCUGAACCGUGAAGUUUAAAAUGGUUAUUCAACUAAACGUUACACGCACCAUCAUAGCCUAUCAGGAGGGUUCUAGGACGCUCUGACCCCCAAAAUCCACGGUUUUAUUCUGUGUAGUCUACCAUCCUGGACACCUUCCAUCAGAACAGACCAGAUCUCACUAAGUCAGUGAUACUCAACGUGAGGCUCUUUCAUGUCUUUUUUUUUUAUUUUAUUCCCCCAGAAAACCUUAAAGGGAAACUUUUUGCCCUUUUUCACAAUUUUUCACCACUUUUCACCCAAUCGAGCUACCUUUUGCCUUUAUAUACCACUUGUUUCCUAUUUUUUGCCCAUUAUUGCCAAUUCUUUUUGCAACUUUUUUCUAAUGUGUACUACUUUUAUCCAAAUUUUUCCCAUAUUAUCACAUUUUGCCACUUCUUGCACAUUUAUGCUACGUUUUGCCAAAUACCACUUUUUCCUUUUUUUUGCCAUUUUUGCCAUUUUUCUACACUUUUUUUUUCA